UCGGUUGAAUCUGGAAAGACUAAAACCCUAAUAAUGUAAACCGGAUAGAGGGUCGAGAUCUCAAUACUUUCUGUAGUCACUCUCGUCGGAAGGAAGAAAAUGCCGCUGUACGACUGUAUGCUUCUGUUCAAGCCGAUAAUAAGGAAGGAAGGUCUUAUCGAUCUGGUUGCUCGCAUCGGGAAACACGUUUACAGCAAAAAUGGAGUUCUCACGGAGGUCAAAUCCUUCGGCAAGGUCGAAUUGGGUUACGGUAUCAAAAAGCUCGACGGUAGACACUAUCAGGGGCAAUUGAUGCAGAUAACAAUGAUGGCAACUCCAAACAUUAACAAGGAGCUUCACUACCUCAACAAAGAGGACAAACUCCUGCGCUGGCUCCUUGUUAAACACCGUGAUAUCAAGAUUGGUUCAUCCGAGAUGGAAGACCGUCUGGACGAGUCUAACAGAGUUACUAAUAGGAGCUUGUAUGAUGAGUCUUCUACCGACGAAGACGACGAUGUCUUAGGCUUAUCUCGAUGAGGAGAAGAAUGAAAUCGUUUUACUUUUUUUUUUUUAAAUGUUACUCUAGACCACCAGUGUCCUUCAUCUUUCUCUUAUGGUUUGUUGACUUGGCGUUGUUUUUCUCCUCAGACAAAGAAAUAAGAUAUUCAUGUAAUGGUUUUAGGCAGAAAAAAAUAAAGGAAAAACUGAGACCCCUUCGUGAAA